AUGUGUAGCUCCGAUACUUUCCUGGCCAUCCUGGCCGUCUUCUUCCCACCCAUUGCAGUCUGGAUCAAGGCGGGGAUCUGCACUGCCGACUCCAUCAUCAAUAUCGCCCUUUGUCUGCUGGGCUACAUUCCCGGGCUCAUUCACGCCUGGUACAUCAUCCUGAAGUACCCAGAGUCCGACUACGACGAUGUGGCCUACGAGCCCAUCCCUGGCGGUUCCAGCCAGCGUCGCGACCUCGAGAACGGUCGCGUGACGUACUACUAUGUCUCACACCAGCCUCUCCAGCAUCCUUCCCAGCAGCGAGCAUACGGCACUGUCGAUCGUGGCCAGCAAGUUCCGACCGACUCGAAUGCCCCCAAGACCUCCGACCACCCGCAACAGGGUGCUGGAAGCAGCAGUGGGCAGACGGCCCCGCCAACCUAUGCAGAAGCUGUGAAGGGCGACAACAAGAUUCAGACUCAGGAAUAA